GCCACGAUCUUUCGUAGCUUGUGCACUUAAGUGCAAUGGUAAUGAUGAGGUUGUAAAUUGAUUAAAAUAAAUUUGAUCCGACAAAAGUACCAUUUCAAAGUACUCAUAAAUAGAAAGUUUAUGAGACUAUCAAAAGGUAAUCUAAAUUUGCCCAAAACUUUAAAUUAAAGAAAAUGCAGUUGUAGGGUUAUAUUUGAUACAUAUCUUUAAACAUUGGCAUUUAGAUAGCACUUAAUUAAUUCUAAAGAUUUUAAAACAAAAUCAUUUCAUUGAUUGUAACAUAUUCGUGUCGUAUGGAUGUUUGAAUAGAGUAUCGAAAAUAUUAUAUAACGUCUGUGAUAUGGUGUAUCAAAUGUGAAUUGUGUGGUUAUUAGGGUACGAUUUUUAUUAUUAUGUUAGAAGAUACUUCAGCAAAAACUUACUAAACACUACACAGUGAUUUCUUGCACGUAACAUAAAUUAAAAAAUCAUUCACUAGGGUUUAAGCUGUGAAAUAUUUUAGAUCCAAAAUAUAAGUGAAAAUGUCUAAAACGAAGACAGUAAUAAAACUGGUACCACCCGAUGGAGGCUGGGGAUGGAUGGUAUUACUUGGCAGUGCUGUUACUAAUAUCUUCAAUCAGGCAAUGUUCUCGCAAUUUAGUUUAUUAUAUGGUGACAAAUUACAAGAAAUGGGACAUCGAACUACAGGAGCAGCGAUGGUUCUGAGUGUAAUGCUUUGCGUAAUAAAUUUCGGUGGACCGUUUGUUGGGGUUUUGGUCAAACUAAAAUCACCAAGAUUCGUUUGUGUCACCGGAUCAGUUAUAUGUGCUUCGGGGAUAUUUUUGAGUUCAUUUUCAACAAACAUAGUCCACCUGAGUUUAAGUUACGGAGUUGUUUUUGGUGUAGGAUUAGGAUUCAUACAAAAUGCAUCGUUCGUAGCCAUUAACAGUUACUUCAAAUUGAAAAAGAGUAUUGCAGUGGGCAUUGCAAUGACAGGCACUGGGAUUGGACAAGCUAUAAUGCCACACGUGGUGCAAUAUUCUUUGGAUAAAUUUGGCUUUAGCGGUGCAUGUUGGCUUCUUUCAGCACUUUGUUUACAUGGAGUUUGUGGAACACUGUUAAUGCAACCAGUUGAGUGGCAUAUGAAAAAAAUAGAAGAGGAGGUUCUUAUUGAAGAAGAAAAAAUCGAAAUGAAUAAAUGUCAAACAGAUAUAGAGGAUGAUCAACCAGCAAAAAUGUUUACUAAAGACAACUCGCAAUUAAAAAAAAGAAGUACUCUAAAUGGUUUUUCUGAUGAUUUCAAAACAGGAUCUUUAAAUAAAACACCGGAACUAAAGAAAAAUGCAUUAGAAAGGAUUUACGAAUUAUUUGACAUAUCCCUAUUAUCAAGUCCACGUUUUAUUAAUGUUAUUAUCGGAAUCGGUUUAACGUAUAUUUCGAUUCAGAAUUUCGGCAUGUUGUUCCCAUUUUUCUUACUGAAUAUAGGUAUGAGCAGAAAUGAAACGGCUACAUGUAUGUCUGCAGUGGCAUUAGCUGACAUUUUUGGAAGGCUUAUUGUACCACAAGUCCAAGUUAGAUUAAAAUUGACAGCUCGGUUGACGCUGUUUUUAACAUGCAUUUGGAUAAUAAUAACCAGGCAAAUGUUAGCAUAUCAAACAGAUUUGACAUCCAUAUUAGUUUUAUCUGCGUUGUAUGGCAUCGGACGGAGCAUGGUCAUAGUAGCAAGGAAUUUGACUAUAACUGAGCAUUGCAGAGUCGACCAAGUACCCUCUGCCGUCGGACUUGGUAUGUUAUGCCUGGGCAUUAUAUCUCCGCCUAUAGGAUAUUUCCUAGGUUGGAUUAGAGAUUACACAGAAGACUAUAUAGCAUGCAUAUCUGCCCAAAAUGCCUUACUAAUAUUAUUUUUGAUUAUAUGGCUUCCGGAUAUGUUAUUGCAAUAUUAUAAAAAGAAAAAGAGUAAUGCAGAAGAUGUUUAAGUGAAUACUCAUGUAAAGAAAUCUCGUUAGUUACAAUAAUCACACGUUUCUAAAAAAUCUGUAUGCGAGAGAGAUUAUUGGAGAAUAUUAUUUUUGUGGAACGUGGGAGAAAUAAGCAGGCAGCUCAUUUUAAAGUACCAUAGACUUUUGCGACACCAGGGCUUACGAGUGCAUGGGCGGGCUUCAAGAAUGAAUUACGUUUUUUUGUUUAAAAGGUCCAAAGAUUUAUUAGUGAAAUACCCUAACAGCUGUGCCACUUAUUGUUUGUAUGCGGGUAAAAGUACUUAAAAACGCUAUGUCAUAGUAUCGACGUCAGUAUAGAUAUGUGAACCGAUGAUAAAAAAUAUAAUCGUAUAAGUGUAUAUCGUUUUUCAUCAAUUCUAUUUUAUGAUAGUGAGAUAUUAUGAAUUGUUUUAGCUAAGCUUUUUAUGUGAGUGUAUAUAGAAUGUACUAAUACGCACUACUAUAAGUGUAAGUAGUUUGUAAAAUGAUUACUUUAAAAAAUCAAAAUAAAAUUAUUAAUGAAACCUCA